AUCCACGUGUUUCGCCCACGACGGCAAGUUCGGAAUGAAAGAAGCCAUUAUUGUAUUGGCAAGUCAGUCACCAAAUCGACUCAAAUUGUUGCAGCAAAUUGGAUUGGAAAAUGUAAUCGUAAAAGUUUCAAAUUUCGAGGAAAAUCUACCAAAAACAUUGCCAGUUAAGCAGUUUGUCAUUGAAACAGCUAAAGGAAAAUUGACGACUAUUGUGGAAGAAAUGAAAAGAAAAGAGGAGCCGUACUCUGUUAUUAUUGCGUGUGAUACAGUAAUCGAAUUCAAUGGAGAAAUUAUUGGAAAACCAACAGAUGCCAAUGACGCUAAAGAAACUUUGAAAAGACUUCGUAACAAUACUCAUAAUGUAUAUACUGGAAUGGCUCUACACUAUCAUGAAACUGAUCAAUAUGAAGAGAUCAUCGAGAAAACAAUUGUUCAUUUUGGAGAUAUUCCUGAUAGAGUUAUCGACGAAUAUGUAAAAAGCGGAGAGCCAUUGAAAAAAGCAGGUUCAUAUGGAAUCGGUGACUUUGGCGCUGUCUUCGUUCGUGGAAUCGAAGGAUGUAUGCCGAAUGUGGUUGGUUUGCCACUUCACCGUCUUCACCAAGCUCUUAUCGCUAAAAAUAUUCUCUAAAAUGCUUUCACUUCCAUAUUUUAUUUUCUCACAUUACAUCAGGUUUUCACGUUGAUGCUUCAAUCGAUAUUAUGAUUCGGAGCUUUCAAACCUUCUCCAAAAUAAAUAUGUAAAACG